CCAUUCCGUGUUGGUUUGGGCUGUCGCGUCGUUGGGUGUCGGUUCAAAAAUACAAUCACGCGGUCGACGUUCGCCAGGCAGAGACGCUCCAUCACUCGCUCAAACUCGGUCCCGCCGUCAGAGAGCGACACCGUCGACCAUGGGCUUCUGUCUGUCCAAGUGCCUGCCCGACAGCGACAUGGCGGCCGAGCUCGAGGCCGAGCUGGACGAGACCAGCCACAGCUACGUGCAGCAGUCCACGGAGCAGUCCACGUUCGGCACCACGUCUUUAUUGGCGGCCGACGAAGUGGUGUGUCUCAACGUGAUCGGCGAAGGCCCGUCGGGUGUCAUCUACAAGGGCUCGUACCGUGGUUCGGUGGUGGCCGUCAAGAAGAUGAAGAUGAUCUCUCUUCCGUCCAAGCCCUCGGCCAGGGAAAAUGUCGAGAUGGAGCUCGAAGUGGAGGCCACACGCAUGGGAAGUCUACGUCACCCUAAUACAGUGCUCUUCAUGGGCGCGUGUCUGCAGGAAGAUUACUUCUGUAUCGUCAGCGAAUACUGUACGCGCGGUUCGUUAUUCAACGUGCUGCACGCCCCCAAGGCCUCGGCUUCCAGUAGGAGCAGACACAAGCGUAAAGGCUCAGAACCGCUCUCAAGAGCAGCAUCUGCAAGUACAGCCAGUGCACCAGGCGGGACCAGUGACCCGAUGGCCAAAAAGAAGGUGAACCUCAAGUGGAGCUUGCGGAUACGACUCGCGCUUGGAGCGGCCAGAGGACUGCUCUAUCUGCACAGCGCAGACCCACCUCUUGUCCACGGACAACUCAAGAGUACCAACAUUUUGGUAGACGAUUCGUGGAACGCCAAACUCGCGGACUUUGGCACGCGACGUGUGGCGGAGGCCGUGGGCUUCGAUAGGAGUAGAAUGGACAGCAUCGACGAGCGCUCAGCGUUGCUGCGAUGGACAGCGCCUGAACUGCUCAAGUUAGGUGAGGAACGAGUCCAUAAGGGAGCAUUCCCGAGCGACAGCACGAGUCCGCAGGCCGUGGACAUCUUCAGCUUCGGACUCAUCAUGUGGGAGCUCACAACAGGAGAACUGCCGUACGCAGACAUGCACUCGAACGCCGAGAUCAGCGAGUAUGUGCUGUCGGGCUGCCGACCAAUUAUGAAGCCCGGUCAGUGCAAUAUCAAGUGGGCGGAGCUCAUGGCUCGAUGCUGGUCGCACAACCCGUCGCGGAGACCGAGUGCCGCCGAGAUCGUGUCGUCACUCGAGAGCAUUAGCAAGGCCGAUGCCAUUGCUCAGUCCGCUAAAAAGGAGACGCGCGUUGUCAACAGCAACCGCGCCGACUACCGUUUUGCAGAGAAACCUCGCUCCAGAUCCACGGGACCGUCCAAGUUUAAGAGCAACGUGCGUGUCGUCGUCUGAGUGGACUCGUCAGUUUUGCUGGAUUGCUAUGCCGUCGUGUGUACGAUAUGAGGCGCGUCACCACGUGCUGGACGCAUCGGAAGAAGAUGCAGCACUAAAAGUGCUUCACGGCAAGUCGAUCUGUACCGCAUUAGGCGGGCACGUGAUGACGAGUAUGGAGCUCGCAGCACGGUGGAAACUACAGAUACUGCACGCUUUUUGACGCGGCGAACAGGACGCCACUAUGUAGCUAGUCAAUCAACCCCCCCCUAAUAUUAAAUUGCAUUGGACACUGAUUGUAAUUCA